AUGCCUGAAGCCGGCACUGCUCAGCAGAUGCCAAGUUCGCCUGCCGAGCCCCGCUUCAGACGCGGCUAUGUCGCCUGCACCGCUUGCCGAGCCCGGAAAGUCAGGUGUGUCAUUGGACAGCAGCCUCCGUGUGCCAAAUGUGCCAGGGAGCAUCGUGAAUGCAUUUUCAAUACCGUUCACACCACUCGCAAGCAUCGGGAUCCACCGAGAUGGGCUCGACCUCAAGACUCGGAGUCUCAUUCUCCAAGACUCGAUGUGAAUCGUGUCUCAACCGAGGCCACAGAUCAGCCCGCUACGGGUUGCAUGUCACCAGAGUCAGAGACAAGGGUCGGCGAAUCAUCUUCCGUCCAGACUAGUCGAGGGUCCGCAGCAUCUCCUAGGCCGCUCCUAGCUGAUGAAGUUGGCAUGGGCAUAGAUAAGGAUGCAAACAACGCUCUACAAUGUCUUUUCAACGAGGCUGUAGCUGUGUCUUCUGAGACGUCUCUGCAAGCAGAGCCUACAAAUAUACCUGAUUAUGCAAAGUCUGGCUCGACGAACCCUAGCAUCGAGAUCCGAUGCGAAUCUACUGCGCAGUAUGGGGCAUUCAUCAAUCGCCUAACCCAAGCAGAAGUCUCCACCUAUGAUCUCUGGGAUAAAUGUCGAUUCGUACGACAGGGGUGGUUCACUGCCCAAGAAGCAAUCACUUAUGUGGAUUUAUUUCAUGAAUACUUUAAGAACUCAGCUGGGGCUAUAACCGAUAACCUGGGCAGUCAUAAUAGUCACAUUGCACUAGUUUGUGAGGAGCCUUUAUUGUGUUGUACAAUUCUUAUGAUUUCGUCGCGCUGGUUCAUCCUUCCAGGACCUGGUGGACUAGCGCGGAGUCACUUCAUACACCAGAGGCUCUGGCAGUAUUGUGAGCUCUUGAUACGCCGGGUCAUGUUUGGCCAAGAAAAACAUUCUACUGCCAAAAUCAGAACGCUUGGGACGAUAGAGGCGCUUCUCUUGAUUGCAGAUUGGCAUCCCCGAGCUUUGCAUUUUCCCCCAGAGACGGAAGGUUGGGACAGCGAGCUAAUUUCACCCGAUUACGAUCGUCGCAAUCGCAUACACCACCAAGGUAGGGUUCCAUUGAUUCGCUGGCGAGAAGACGUGUUCGAACCUGCCAAACGGUCCGAAAGGAUGUCUUGGAUGCUUCUUGGCUUGGCGACCAGUCUAGCCUAUGAGCUUGGCUUAUACUGUCAGUCAUCAGCCAAGAGUGUUGGAGCAGGAAGCAGUGAAAUAUCUCGUCUCGGUUAUAUAGAGAGGCUUCUCUACAAUCGUAUGACUCAGCUUGCCACACAAUUAGGCCGUCCCAGCUUGAUUCCGGAAAACUACGAGUUCAAUAAUCCAGAUCGAAUAAUAACAGCAACAACUGUUCCUCCACGUCAGCUGUACCUAGAGCUUUGGACUGAGCUCACGCGUCUUGCUAGACUGGCUACAACUAUUCUCUUUCAAUCAACGGAUACGAUAAAAGAUCUAGUGCUCAAAGACAGACAUACCAUCAUCCUUGAGCACCUUGAUCCCUUUUUUACAAAGUGGCAGGAACGAUUCUAUAAGGAUUCACCAAAACUUGCAAAUCUCUCUUCAUCUCUCCUCGCGAUAGAGUACUACCAUCUCAAAGCCUCAACCCGCGGGCUAUCUUUACAGGCGAUUGUGGAGAGAGCACUGGCUCGAGGGAUUCGGGAUCUCAAAGAUUGCCGUGGUGGAUCAUUGGAAUUAUGCACCACAUCAAAAGAUAAAAUCUUCAUCCUGGACGUGAUCACAUCUACUACGAAGAUUUUACAGAUUGCUAUUGACUUGGCCGGACUCAAUAUGUUAAGAUAUUGCCCAUCGCGAACACUAGUAUCUGCAACUUCAGCCUCCGUGCUUCUCCUGAAAGCAUUAUUCUUGUCAAAGGCAAUUGGUCACGGUCUAGGUUAUUUCGAGUUUGAAGUUCAACUGGGCGUGAUCGAUCGUUUUAUCAGAGCAUUGAGAAUGUCCCCCAUUGAUGAGAUGGAUUUCUCACCACGAUACGCAAUGCUGAUUGAGAGUCGCGUCGCAAGGCUUCGGCCGUCUCUUACUUCAGCCGAUGCAGUCAACGUCGACGUAGAUUCCUCCGCAAAUUCUACGCGAUGCACACAUCAAUCUCUCGAUCAUGAUCCGUCAAGUCGAAUGGGCGGCCUAGCACCCGGAACAAUGGACCACAACGAUGGUGAUCAUUCUGGGUAUGGAAAUGGCGAUAUAGAAUGGUGGUCAGCUUCGUUCGACCCCACAAUAGCACCGUUCGACUCUGACAAUCCUUUCUUGUCAUUGGGAUUGGAAUUGGACUCAUUGGAUUUUCUAUGGAACAUAUCGGAUCCUAGUGGGGAAAACAUGCGAUCGGCUCCUAUCUAA